AUGAAGUUCGCGUCGGUGUGGACCAGCAUUGUGCAGGUGUUCAACGUCGCCACUUUUUCUUCUCUGGAAGACACCGAGGUGACUCAGAUUCCCCUAAUCCCGCAGGAGCCCGAGCCCGGCCCCGUGUUCCGUCAUCUCCCAAUCACGCAGGACGAGGAUGGCAACUACUGGCGCGGCAAGGUCAGCCUGACCCAAGACUGGUCCAGCGGCCAGAUAUACGACGCUAGAGACUACCAGGUCACCCCGUACCACGUCGACGAGAACAACAUUGUCUACAGCGAGAGAGCAGGCCCCCCAAACCGUGGAGAGACACCCGUGAUUCCCACGCCAAAGAACCCGCAAGAUGGAUCGCGCAUCAACUGUAGAUACCCCAAGAUGUUUGGUUGGCGGACCUGCUUCAACGAGACCAAGACGUGCUGGCUGAAAAACGACACUCACAUCAUCGACAUCAACACCGACUAUGAGAAUAUUAACCUGAUUCCUGUGGGCGAGACCAAGUAUUACGAAUUUGAAGUUUCCGAGGAGCCUAUCUCGCCUGAUGGGAUGACCAUGGAGCACGGCAAGCUUUUCAAUCGCCGAUAUCCCGGCCCGUGGAUCGAGGCUUGCUGGGGUGACACUAUCGAGGUCAACGUCAGGAACAAGCUCCGGUGGAAUGGCACAUCCGUGCAUUGGCAUGGCAUUCGCCAGUUCCAGAGCUUCCAGCACGACGGGGUCAAUGGUAUCACAGAGUGCCCCAUCGCGCCUGGGCAGAACUUCACCUACCGGUUCAGAGCCACGCAGUACGGAUCGGCGUGGUACCACAGCCAUUACAGCCUGCAGUACGGCGACGGCAUGCUCGGCCCCAUAACCAUCUACGGUCCUUCGACGUCCGAGUACGACGACAAGGAGGCCUUCAAGCCGCUGCUCCUGACUGACUGGAGUCACCGUAGCGUGUUUGAGGAUUGGCCCAUCAUGAUCAAGUCGGCCACGGCGCCCGAGAUGACAAACAUUCUCAUCAACGGCAUAGGCGAGUUCGGCUUCGGGCCCAAGCGCGACAAGUUGAACCUCACGCUGGACUCUGGUAACGACCACUUGCUGAUUCUGAUCAACACGGCCGUCGACACCACUUUUGUCUUCUCCAUUGACAACCACACCAUGAAGGUGGUCGAGGCCGACUUUGUACCCAUCGUCCCCUACGAAACGGACCACAUCAAGAUUGGCAUCGGCCAGCGGUACCACGUCAUCGUUCACGGCCUGGACAGACCCUUCGCCGCUGAGAGGAACGGCAACUACUGGAUGAGAGUUGUGCCGGCCAGAAAAUGCUCAAAGUUUGCCUUUGGCCCCGACGAGCAGAUGGGCAUCAUCCGCUACAACACUAGCACGCAGGACCCUCUCUCGGAGCCACCCCUGUACGACAUCAACUGCGCCGACGAGCCCUAUGAAAAGCUCCGGCCAUAUCUCAACUGGACCGUUGGCAACCCCGUCAAUAUCAACGCGACCACAAACAACACGCUGCUGCCCUCCGAAAAGAAAUACAUUUUCGACGUCGGCAUGCGGCCCGUGGGAGGCCCCGACAAGCCCCCUUAUAUGCCGAACGACAAGCCCUAUGGCCGGUGGGAAAUGCACACGGCGCCGCACUGGGCCAACUUCUCAGACCCGACGGUGCUGGCGCUAGACCGGCUGCCGGAGCUGGAGAAGGAAAAGUACCUCAACAUCCUCGACCUGGACGACGAAUACGAGGACAAGUGGGUGUGGAUGGUGAUCACGGCGCCGGCCAAGGUGCCGUCGGACGGCGAGCGCAUCUUCUUCCCCGCGGCGCACCCCAUGCACCUGCACGGCCACGACUUUGCCCUGCUGCGGCAAAGCUCCGACAACUGGUACCCCGACGGCGAUGAUGAUGGGGACCGCAUCUACUUUCCCCCGGACAAGCUCAACUGCGCCAAUGAGAAUAUCACCUGCAUCAACCCGCCGCGCCGCGACGUCGUGCUGCUGCCGGCGGCCGGCUACAUCAUUGUCGCCUUCAAGGCCGACAAUCCUGGCACGUGGGCGUUCCACUGCCACAUCGCGUUCCACGCGUCGUCCGGGCUAGCGAUGCAGAUUGUCGAGAACAAGCACCUGAUCCCCGGCAUUGUGGGCAAAGAAAAGGAGCUGCUCGAGGAGGGCUGCUCGACCUGGGACCGGUGGUUCAGCAACGACAUGAACCUGUGGGACUGGAACCACCGCGACCACUUCCAGGACGACUCGGGCGUGUGA